UCUGUACAUUAAGCCCUAUUCUCAGCAGCUCAACUGACAGGAAUGUUGAGCUCAGUGGAGAAGUCCCCAAGACCUGUGAAGACUCUGCCCAUCCCCAGGCAGCAGAUGGAGCCCAAGGAGAGUGUGACUUCUGGUUUUCCCAUGUCCCCCAUUCAGGAACCAGUGACCUUCCAGGAUGUGGCUGUGGACUUCACCUGUGAGGAGUGGAGGGUCUUGGAGCCUGCCCAGAGGGCCCUGCACAGGAACGUGAUGCUGGACAACUACCAGGACCUGCACUCCGUGGGGAUUCCUGUUUCUAGUCUGGAUCUGAUCUCUGUGUUGGAGAAGCAAGAAGCAGCCUUGAGUCCCAAGAGCAGAGACUCCAGUGGGUCCCAUCAAGAUUUACUUACUGUACAUCAGAGAACCCACACUGGAGAGAAACCCUUUGUGUGUAAGGAAUGUGGGAAAGGUUUUAGUCAGAGAAACGAUCUCACCGUUCAUCAGAGAAUUCAUACAGGAGAAAAACCCUUUCUAUGUAAUGAAUGCGGAAAAGCCUUCAGCCGUCGAGGAAAUCUUACUGUACAUCAGAGAAUUCACACUGGAGAGAAACCCUUUAUAUGUAAUGAGUGUGGGAAAGCCUUCACCCAUAAAGAAGGCCUUAUUGUACAUCAGAGAACUCACACUGGAGAGAAACCCUUUGUAUGUAAUGAGUGUGGGAAAGGCUUUAGUAGAAGGUCUAUUCUUAUUACUCAUCAGAAAAUUCAUACUGGAGACAAACCCUUUGUAUGUAAUGAAUGUGGAAAAGCCUUCAGCCGUCGAGACGGCCUUACUGUACAUCAGAGAACUCACGCUGGAGAGAAACCUUUUGUAUGUAAUGAAUGUGGGAAAAGUUAUAGGGAGAAGAACAAUCUCACUAUUCAUCAGAGAGUUCACACUGGAGAUAAACUCUCUGUAUGUAAUGAGUGUGGGAAAGGCUUUAGUAGAAGGUCUAUCCUUAUUACUCAUCAGAAAAUUCAUACUGGAGACAAACCCUUGGUAUGUAAUGAGUGUGGAAAAGCCUUCAUCCAUCGAGGAGCUCUUAUUGUACAUCAGAGGACUCACACUGGAGAGAAACCUUUUGUAUGUAAUGAAUGUGGAAAAGCCUUCAGCUGUCGAGGAGCCCUUACUGUACAUCAGAGAACUCACCCUGGAGAGAAAACCUUUAUAUGUAAUGUAUGUGGGAAAGGCUUUACUAGGGGGUCUAGCCUUAUUACUCAUCAGAAAAUUCAUACUAAAGAGAAAUAGAAUUUGUUGAAAUAGAGAGAUUUCAGACAGGAACCACCUGCCCUCACUGUCACCAGAGAAUUCAUAUGAUUCUGACAACUCAGUAGGAGAAAAACCUAUUCUUCCUAAAAUAAUUCAUUGUGGCUCUUUUUGGUUAAUAUGCCACUGGCACUUCUCAACCUGGGCCUUUUUCAUCCCCUCCAAAUGCAAUACAUAAAAAAUCUGACAUUUAAUGUAUUGUUUCACACUGAGUCCACCAUACUUGUAAAGAAGAGGGGAUGGAGUACCAUGAUCUUCCCUCAGAAUUUGAUUUGGUUUUUAUAACUUCUUUAGUCUAGUUUCUAAUGUAUUGUAUUUCAAAAAUGUAGUUGAUGU